AUGAAUAGAAAUAAGGCAAAUAAUAAUGUCAUUAAUCUUUUAAUUAAUGAAAUUAAAUUAAAUGAACAGUCAGAAAAUGCAACCAAUUUACCUAAUGAAAAGGGAAUAAAUAUUGCAAAGUCAUUUUUGAAUAUUAACGAUUCAGAAAACAACGAUUUGCAUACCAGCUCCAAAUCGAAAAAAAAAAAUAACGAACAAAAUGAAGAGCAUAUAAAUAGUGCAACAAAUGAGGAGGAUUUUGGUGAUGAUGUUAUUGGGGAUAAUGAAAAAGCAGCCUUAGAAUUUUAUGAUGACAAAAUUGAUAAUUAUGACGAAGAAUAUGUAAAUAAAAAAUAUAGAUUUUGCACACAAAGUGAAGAUUCAAGUUUAUGUUGUUGUGGCUGUUUUACACCUGUUUGUUAUCAAAGUCAACGCCAUGAAUAUUAUGUAAAUCAAUAUAGAAGUUUAUUUGCGGUAAAUGUGAAAAUUAAUAAAGAGACAAUAUUAUAUGAAAAUGAAAUUAACAUAACAAAAAGUGACAACAAAAUUCAACAAAAUGAAUGUCAAGAUAUCAAAAAACAAAAUAAAGAAAAAUCAGAAACAUAUAAUCCCGUUUUUUGCGUAAAUUGUAAUAAUCACAUUGCUUAUUUUGAAAUCGAAAAUUCGAUUUUUCAUUUUUUCGAUGUAUUGCCAGAUUAA